AGGAGGCUUAGCCUCCCCAUGCCUUCAUAAAAAUCUGCAUAUGAACAGACGCCUCCUGCUUCUGGAUGCUACUCAUUUGCAUUUGAUGUUCUCAAUGUGUGUUGUACACACGGGUCAGGCAGCUCCUUCCAGUCUGUAUGGAUCUCUACACCGUAAUCUCCUACUCAUAUUUGUAAUGCUGCAGUGGUCCAUCUUAUGGACAACAGUCUGCUCCAAUCCAGAAGGGGACCAGCCUACUGCUUAUAGCUGAUCUUAUCAUAGGACCACCUUUCCCCCCUUUUUUGUCUGCGAUCCAACCACUUCUAGUUAGCAUUGUCUCAUCUGAUGUGACUCCUGUCUGGCAAAGCCCUGAUUUGCCCAGCCCAAAGCGCAGGCUCCACCAAGAUGUUUGUGUAAGAACUGCUAGUGGUGCUGCAGCAGCAGGAAUAGAGCUCAGGUUGGGAUUUCUGUCUGGUGUUGGUGCACAUUUACAGGAGAGAUGAAAUUCCCUAUAGAGACCCCGAGGAAGCAGGUGAAUUGGGAUCCACAAGUGGCGGUACCCUCGGCUGUUCCCACCCCUGCUCCACCACCUGAACCUCCAUCUGAACCAAAGCCAAACGGGCAUCAACAUCACCCUACCCCAACUGCCACCCCUAGAAUGUCUGUAUGCUCCCGGUCUACUUUGGUAAGCACUAUGGACAACACAUCCAGCGGCCUGCACUCAGUCAUGAAGUGGAAAACAGUUUUGGCAAUUUUUGUAGUGGUGGUGGUUUACUUGGUGACUGGUGGUCUUGUCUUCCGGGCUCUUGAACAGCCAUUUGAGAGCAGCCAGAAAAGCACCAUAGCACAAGAAAAGUCUGAUUUCCUGCACAAUCAUCCCUGUGUCACACAGCAAGAGUUGGAUGCACUUAUCAAGAGAGCCAUUGAUGCUGAUAAUGCUGGGGUAAACCCUAUUGGGAAUUACUCUAAUAGUAGCAGCCAUUGGGAUCUUGGAAGUGCCUUUUUCUUUGCUGGAACAGUAAUUACAACUAUUGGGUUUGGAAACAUUGCACCAAGCACUGAAGGAGGGAAGAUCUUUUGCAUACUUUAUGCAAUAUUUGGGAUACCUCUUUUUGGCUUCCUGUUGGCUGGAAUUGGAGACCAGCUGGGGACAAUCUUUGGAAAAAGUAUAGCAAGAGUUGAGAAAGUUUUCCUGAAGAAGCAGGUGAGCCAAACGAAGAUCAGAGUCAUUUCUACAAUCUUGUUCAUUGUGGCCGGCUGCCUGGUAUUUGUCACCAUACCUGCUGUCAUCUUUAAACAGAUAGAAGGCUGGACAGAACUGGAAUCCAUUUACUUUGUGGUGGUUACUCUUACAACAAUUGGCUUUGGAGAUUUUGUGGCAGGGGGAAACACAGACAUUUCCUAUCGGGAAUGGUACAAACCUUUGGUGUGGUUCUGGAUUUUGGUUGGCCUUGCGUAUUUUGCAGCUGUCUUAAGUAUGAUAGGAGACUGGCUAAGGGUCAUAUCCAAAAAGACAAAAGAAGAGGUGGGUGAAAUAAAAGCACAUGCAGCUGAGUGGAAAGCCAAUGUCACGGCAGAAAUUAGAGAAACUCGGAGACGUCUCAGUGUGGAAAUCCAUGACAAACUUCAGAGAGCAGCCACCAUAAGAAGCAUGGAGCGCAGAAGACUUGGCCUGGACCAGAGGGCACACUCCCUUGAUAUGUUGUCACCAGAAAAACGCUCUGUUUUUGCUGAGUUGGAGGCAGGGCGUUUCAAGGCAUCGUCCCAGGACAGCAUAAAUAACAGACCCAACAACCUGAGACUGAAAGAGGCAGAACAGUUUACCUUACACGGGCAAGGGGUUUCUGAAGACAACAUCAUUAACAAGCUUGGCUCCAAUUCUUCAAAGCUUACAAAAAGGAAAAACAAGGAUUUAAAGAAGACUCUUCCAGAGGAUGUGCGAAAAAUCUAUGAGAACUUUAGAAAAUAUUCAGUUGAUGAAGAGAAAAAGGAAGACGAGGAUGACACAAUCUCUACUUCAGACACGGCUACUCUAUCUGAUUUCCUUCGUCACUCAAUAAUAGAGAAUGGCUCCAUACCCAAUGAAACCAAAGAAGAGGAACAUGAAAGCAAAGCAUUACUUGAAGAGAAAAAUUAAAAGGGCUAAUCUGAAGAUAAUUGCUCUGACAUGGCACGACAAAGCUUUGGGCUGCAAAUUGGAACACAAAAUAGACAUUUCAAUUCCAUUUUGCAGCCCAGAGUUGGUUCGAAGAUUGGCUGAGCAGUAACCUUUAACCCCUUCUGUGCUGGAGGGGUCAGCAAUUAAAUGUGAUGCGUACCCCUCCAGCAUGGAAGGGGGUGAAAAAUUACCCUUAUUAUAAGUAUAUCUCACUCUCAUGAACUAACAAACAAAAACAACAAAAACAUUUAUUCAUUUUAGAAGAGUUAUUAAGACAUGUGCCUUAAAGCAGACUUUUAAUUCCUUUGGAAUUCUGUACAAUUCAUUAAUAGACCUUUACCGUGCCAUAAAUGACUGCCAAGAGCCCCAGCAGUGGAAAAUCUUGGAAAGUAAAGGCCAUGUUGACCUCUAGGGGGUAAAUGCACAAUGGAGAAUCUCCACCUGGAAAUGUGCAUCUCAAGAUGGUGUCUAGUAUUUCUAUAGAUGGCAGUGUAUUUACACUCUGUGUCAAAGGAAGUUUUCAAAUACCAUGUGAGCUGGAAGAGGUAUACUCCUUUUGUGGCAAUGGGUACAAUAUGAAAUGUUUUAAUUCUUAAUAUCUUUUUAACCUCCAUCAGGCAAGCUGUACCCUGCCUGAAGCAACAUCAGCACACUUCAUAAAAUAAUUGUGCUCAAGCUUUUUAAUCAUCGUCAGCACUGUGGCAUUGGCCAUACCCAUUAAUUAAAAAUAAAGUAAACCCCAUAUAGGAGGUAACUGCAACAUAAAGAAUCUCCACCUGGAAACAUGCACUUCGAAACUGAUAUCUAGUAUUUUUAUAGAUGGCAUCCAAAAUAACUUGUAAGCUGGAAGAGGUAUACUCGUUCUAUGGAACCAGGGUACAAUACAUAUUUUAACAAUUAUUUUUUAUCUUUUAACCUUUGUAUCAGGCCAGUACCCUUCCUGGAACAACAUCUGCACACACUGCAAAAUGAUUGUGCUCAAGCUUUUUAAUCAUACUUAGCACUGUGGUGACAACCAUACCCUUUGAUGAAAAAUAUAAACUCAACCCUAAACCUUAGAUGGAGCCUCUCCACACCCUAUGUGUUGGAAAGAUGUCAGUUUUGGGGAAGAAGCAAAAAUUGUGUGUUAUCUUUUUAUAUCUUCUAGACACUUUAUAUUGCUGAACAAAAUCAGUUAUUAAUACUGUAAUACAGGGAAGGAGCAGACACCUUGCAUGCGGUGUGGGAUUGCCUGCCUUUCUUUCUAUCAGCUGAUGAGUACAUCCAAAAUAUUUUCAUUGUGCAAUGUUCAAGUACAAUUCUCAGGGCUGUGUGUCCCUCUCAUAAAGUAAAGGUUCGAUGGGCACUGUCAUUAACUGGAAAAGUCUUUUAUGAACUGAAAUAUGUAAUGGAGUAAGAAUCUUAUAUUGAAGUGCUUACCAAUUUGUGCCAUUUCAUUUAGCAUUUUUUUAAUGAAACCUUGAAAUAUUUCUGUUUGUAAUUGAUUUAUUAUAUGUUGUCCAUUUCUUUAAAAUGCCAAUUGUAAAGUUGGUGAUCCAACAAACAAUAUAAAGAGAAUCAGUGUUUUGAAUGUUUUCAUGGUGGUAGCUUAACAUGAUAUUACUAACAAUCCAAGUGCUUGCAUGCCAUGUUUAAAAUACAGCACAUAUGCUUAGGAAGCAGAAGUUGAUUCAGUAAAGAGGGUUUAGAGUCAUAUCAGAUUCCUCUCUGGAUCUGAUUUAAAGUGACAGGCACAAAGCUCUGUGAAGUGGGUCCAGCUGUUAAAUGCCGGGGGAAGACUGUGGAUAUGCUAAGGGUCUUCUCAUUGGAGAAGCUUCAUGCUUAAUUAUUUAAGCCCUGGGCUGGUUCAGUGCAUUAGCCCAGGAGAUAUGUUGCCCUGAGGCAGCCAAAAAGAUGUGAAAAAUGUAUAAUUUCUUAAUAUUUCUCCAGCACAGCAAUUUUCAUAGAGUUUUGUUGUGCCAGAGCAGCCAAACAUACAAGAGAUUAAAUAGAUUUAAAAAGAGAGGUGAAACAAGAAGAACAUUGAUUAAUUAAAUUUGUAAGAAUGCCUCAAUUCCCAGAUAUCAAUGGCCCUCUAUGAUGCCACUUCUUGAAUUUAGACAUCAGAUCAUUUCUCAAGAACAGGAAGCUUUCCUUAUUGAAUCAUAAAAUAUAUGUUUUAUUCCUAGGACUGGCACUUUCCCAAAGACAAAGGAGGAAACAGCUUGCUAGUAGCAUAUAUAUUUAUAUAUUCAUGUAUUACUUUGUAAAUAUUUUGUUUUCUCUGCCACCUGUUUAGUUUAUGUUCCUUUUUUUUUACAAUUCCUUGUUUAUUUUGUCAUUCAGGGACAGGGUUCUUUUUUGCUUUGGAUUCCUAAAAUUUGUAUCUCAUCAGUGAUUUACUAAUGGAAACUGGUAGGAGAAGGAGUAGGAGUAGGGGUUUAUUCAAAGUGAUGGUGCUAAAUUGAGAUAUUUAGAUUUAUCACUUCUGUCCCACUUAACCAAAACAUACAUCUUAUACAAAGACUACUAUAAGCUUUUUUGUGCUUCAAAACUCUGUACCGGUGUAGAAAUGUAAGGAUAAUAUCAGGGAGUGGUUUGUUAUUGAAUAGAGACGUCAUCCAACAUUUCAGUUAAAGAUAUUUCUUGAGCAAAGCAUAGAUGCAAAUUAAUAUAGCCAGACCCGUGGUGUUUGGGUUCAACAUCCUUUUUACCAUAAAUAAUGACUGGUUGUUUACAAACCUUUUUCUGCAUGCUGAAUCUUCUUUACUUUCGUUAAUAUUUUAUACAGGGCACUGUUCAGUCUAAGGCAUUUUAUGCUCAUAACUAAAGCCAAAGGGAGAUUUUAAAAAUCUGUUCGAUCAAGUGUUGGGCAACAUUGGAAUAAACCAAUCAUUUGGAGUUCUUGCCAAUGGUAAGAUCACAUGGGGUAUUUUGCAAGCCCAUUGAUUGCAGACAAUAUCCAAGUCUCCACAUGGUCCUUGGCCAAUGGAAUUUAACAAACCCUGAUCAGAUAAUAGUCUGGGAAUGGCAUAGUUUUGGGGUUAUUAACACAUGCUAUGUAACAAUUGUGAUGAUUGUCAGUCAGCAGGAAUGUCUGCCAGUGCUGGGGAGGGUACAGUAAGUCUGCUACUACAGUUUGUGCACAAUGGCUUCCUCUUAAGGCAAUGCACUAUAAUGUUUUUCAUUCCAGUCUUGUGAAAUAUUUUCAAAUUAGAUUGGAUAAGUCUGUAACUGCUGGAAUUUGGUCCUUACACACAGGUGAGGUUCUGGGGCAAAUAAGGGCAUUAACACAUCAUCAUACAUAGGACCAUAAAAUACCAGACAGCUCACCUGCCCAAUAUUUUUGCUGUUUUUACGUAAGAGUUACAUUGACAAAGACACUUGGUUGUUGUUCAUGGGAAAUUGUGGUUAAGGUUAUUCUGGAAUAUUAUAUGAAAAUAGGUGUUUUCACUAUGAAUAAUUGAAUAAAAACGGGUAAUAUUUUAUUAUAGACAAUAAGAUAACUACUAUUGAAUUUUAAAUAAUCGUUUUGUGAUGCUAUGGCCGUAAAAUAUCAGGACCCAAGAAUAUAUCACAUAUAGUUGAGAAUAUAUCACACAAUUAUUUAUUAUUAUUUUUAUAUUCAUUUAAAAUUGAGAAUGUAACCCAAUAGUCUCACAAAAUUAAAAAAAAACUGAGCUAUAAGAGGAAAGCUAUAGAUGGACAUUCAAAUCAUGCAUAGUAUGUUUUUAUGUGCAUGUUACAGAAAAAAAUGCUAAAACUGGCUAAUGCCAGGUUUACUAUGGCAUAUAAAAAAGUUAUUUUAGCUAAAAGCUUUUAGUCGUUUGAUAUGCACUAAUUAUCUUAAACAUUAUGUGCAGAAAUCCAUGGUAGAACCAAGCUAUUACCUCUCCCUAGUGUGCCUUUUCAGACAUGCAUCAUAUUGCAUUACUGCAUACAGCUUUUAUAAAAAUAGAGAUGUACUGGUGGCUUCAAUAAGCACAUAAUGCUACAAAUUGCUGCUGCUCAUAUAGUAUGUUAUAGUCACCUGCAGAUAUUAUCAGCAGUAUAAUGAUGCUGUGUAUACAAUUAAUUUAUAAGGUGCAAGAGGCAGGUAUCUUUAUUUAGCUGUUCAGGCUAUGGCUUUGUUUCCAUCCAGUUGGGCAAGUUAAUGUUUAGCCCCUGAAAAAAAACUAAAUUUGUCAGCACAAUUCCCUCUUUAUAAUAAAGUUUUAGCUUAUAAUGUGGUACUUAACAACAUAAUCUAAACUUGUCAAUUAAACUAGACGCCCUAUUAAAAUAGUAUUGUAUAGUAUAGGAACUUGACAUAUAAACCAGGGAUGCAGUGCCUAACAGGCAGCAUAAUGAUCAGUCCAGGAUAAGCAUGUGUGGCAAAUGGAUUUUAUUGGUAAAACAUUCAAACAAUAAACCUGAUUCUCUUUUGUUGUAUGGAAAUUGUUCUUCAUACUAGUCUGUGUCCUUAUCUUAUAAUGACAUUUGCUACUGCUUGCAGUCUAGCAAAUUGCAGGUGGGAAGUCUGUGUCUGUGCUUUCUCCAUUUCAGUGGCAAUUGCCAACGUGGACCCUUUGAAGGGCAGAUAUUUUGCAAAACCAGCACUUGCUUUAGGUCAAGGCCCUAUUAACAGUAGAUUUAUGGCCAUAGCCUUGGCAAAUUAUAUGAGAGUUGGGUUAAACUCUGACUAUGGCCAAAAUAUUAACAUUAGCUUCCGGGAGAGCAUUUUGCUCAAUGGAAUAAUAAACUACAGCCAGAUGUUUGUAUAUGCCCCCCAGAAGUGUUAUUAAUACUCAAGUUCGGUUCAACUGGUAAUAGCAAAAAGUCUGUUCUGUCCGGGUUCCUUGCCUGUUCCACUGUUGUCUCCCAUUAGUCGUGUGGGAUUCAAGAAAGCAAUAAACUAUGCAAAGACUUCCAUCUUGUAUGCAUUUAUUAAACAACCUAAUCAUUGCAUAAUAUGCUAUGGAAGACUGGUGAAUAUGUUUACUUUAACUAUAACUGCUAAUUUUGUUCAACAUCAUUCUUGAGGUAAAGAUGGAAAUUCUAGCAUCAUUCAUUUUACACUAGAAGAGAAAUCUAUUCAUUUUGAAAAACAACUACCACUGGAAUAUUAACUUUUGAAACUGAACUUUCAGACAUUGAAGUCAGUAGUGAAUGUUACAUUUUGGCCUAGACACACCAAAUUCCACUUAGUUCUCCAUGGCUGUUUUCCAACUCUGUGGCAGAAUUCUUAUGCAUUUCUCAUAGGACCUCAAGGUAUGCGAGAUAGUUAACCAAUUGGAAACCUUUCAGUGACUGUCUGAUGUCCUCUCUCUCUCUCUGCACUGAAAUGGUUGUAGCUGAACUAAGAAAACUCAAGUCUCUUGUUUUGGCUUUGCCUCUUGAGAAUCUGUUUUCUGUUCACCUGUUAAACAAGAACCUUUGUUCAAGGACUCUCAACAUGGAAGCACUGUCGGAAAAUGUGCAUUGCACUUACUUGUUUGGUAUGCAGUUAUGAAUACUAAUGCGCCAUAUAUGGUGAAUUGUCAGAUUAUGUAUCAUGUGAUGUAUGCAAGGCAAAAAUACAGUACAGUAUAAUGAUUCCAUGA